CUGGGAGAUGUAUAAAAUGCGCGUCUUCCCCCGAGGACAGAAUAGCUACCCAGACACCCUCACAGUUCUGAUUGUCCUUGCAAGAUAGCCUCAACCCAACGGAACAAAGCUUUCACGGAGCCCUUCCACCUCAGUCACCAUGCAUCUUUCUAUGAAGACUCUCUUUGCUUCUCUCCUCGGAGCCACCGUUCUCGCAAGCCCUCUUCCUAGUAAUGCCCUGGUUGAGAGAAACGCUCCUCUGAACGAGUUCCUCAGCAUCCUUCUGUCUCAUCUGCCUGCCAUCAAUGGCUCUAUCACCGCGGUGUCGGGUCUGAUCACCGACUUUGAUCAAGUGCUCGCCGAUCUCACCGGUGCUCAAACCACCCAGAAUCAAUAUAUUGGGGUCUGCACGGAGUACACCGUCCUCUUCGCCCGCGGAACCAGUGAGCCCGGAAACGUAAGUCUACUUGUCCUCCGUAGUGGUUCCGUUUUUAAUCUAGCGCAGGUCGGUGUCCUUGUUGGACCUCCUCUAUAUGAGGCGUUUGAGGAAGCCGUGGGUUCGCGCGCCUUGACCUUCCAGGGUGUCAACGGCUAUUCCGCAUCUGUCGAGAGUUAUCUGGCUGGUGGUGACGCCGCCGGUAGCAAGUCAAUGGCAUCCGACGCCACCGAGAUUCUCACAAAGUGUCCCGACACCAAGCUCAUCAUGAGCGGUUACUCCCAGGGCUGUCAGGUUGUUCACAACGCCGUUGAGCAGCUCCCUGCCGAAAUCGCCAGCAAGAUCAGCAGCGUCCUCCUCUUCGGUGACCCAUAUGAGGGCAAGCCUUUCCCCAACGUUGACGCUUCCCGCGUGAAAACCGUGUGUCACGCCGGAGACACCAUUUGCAAUAACAGCAUUAUUAUCCUGCCUGCCCACUUGACCUACGCCGUUAAUGUGGCUGAGGCGGCUGCCUUCGCGAUCGCGACUGCGAACCGCUAAUUUAAGAUAAGGGCUACAUGUUCACCGUGAAGUUUGUUUCCGUCCGGGUUUUGGCCUUCCCUAAGAUCCGUUCGCUGCAUCGAACAUACCGAUCCGU